ACUACCCAGUAGCCGUUGACGGCUCUUUAGGUGACGGAUCGAAUCCAGGAUCACAAUUUUCUUUUCCCCUUUUCAUUUAUUUUUUUGGAAAAAAGAAAAGGAGUGCAAUCUCAGGGCUCACCAUACUCAAUGAGCGGACAGCGCAAUGUCAGAGCGCUCUGGGCAAACUGCAAAGGGGAAGGAAGGCAAAACCAAGUAUGCGUCUCUCAACCUGUUUGAUACAUACAAAGGAAAGAGCCUUGAAACACAAAAGCCUGUUGUUCCCCCCCGCCAUGGCCUGCAGUCUCUUGGUAAAGUUGCCUCCGCACGGCGUAUGCCACCCCCUGCGAACCUGCCCAGUCUGAAGGCAGAGAACAAAGGCAACGACCCCAACGUCUCGCUCGUUCCCAAAGACGGCACAGGAUGGGCAAGCAAACAGGAACUAGCAGACCCAAAGAGUACCGAUGCAUUGUCAGCACCGCAGCCGGAAUCGCAGCAGCCUGUGGCUUCACAGACACCUGCACCGACCCGCCCGAGAACCCCGCCAGCUUCAGAGGCUCUGGCCCCAGCUUCAACCCAGGCCGUAGGGGCAAGGUCCUGGGCACAGGCCAGUGUUACACAUGGAACACAAGGGGAUGGUGGAAAGGGAUCAAACCUACCGUCGCCAUUCUCUCGCGAGGAAUUUCCCACCCUGCAGGCGGCUGGCGACCAGGACAGAGCUGGCAGAGAACAGGGCACUGCAGAUCAGUGGUAUGGGCCCGGACCAAGCCUCCGCCCCCCGAACGUUACAAGUUGGCGGGACGGUGGGGGCCGAGCCCUGGCGCCCACCCUGUCUGGGGAGGGGGCAGCAGAGGGUGGCACUGGUGGGGCUUUGGUGAUAGAUGGGGCAGCUGGGGUCCCCCCUCCAAACUCCCAGACCCACGGGCCACCUAGGAACCCUCCUGCAGGCAGCCCCGCCUUGCCUCUGCCCCAGCCCCCUGUGGGGCCUGGGUUCCCCCCUUACCGAGGGAUUAUGCCUCCCUUUAUGUAUCCUCCCUAUCUGCCUUUCCCGGCUCCCUAUGGUCCUCAAGGGCCCUACAGGUACCCGCCACCUGGGGAAGGGCCAGCUCCAAGGUUCUCACGUGGGCAGGGAGGUCCUGACAGCAGGCCUCAGGGCAGCCCACGUGAUGCAGGUGGAGAGGUGGUGAAGCGACCCUCUAUCCUGAAGCAGGACGACCUAAAGGAGCUAGACGAGCUGGACCACGAUGGAGACGAGGGCUGGGCAGGGGCUCAUGAGGAGAUUGAUUACUCUGCCAAGUUGAAGUUUAGUGAUGAUGAAGGAGAGGAAGAGGCGGAAGACGACAGAACCGAGAGCAAGGAUGACUUGCGUGAGCAGCAGAGGUCCCAGGAUGCCCCACCUGCAACCUCACGUUCUCGAGCCUCGGACAGCGGGGGAGACACCCGCCGCACCCCUCCCUCUAAUGUUGACAAUGGCCCCCAACCUCCCUCCAGCAAGCCAGGAUGGGCCGAGGAGGGAGGCAGUGGUUGGGUGGGCCAGGGAGCACCAUCCAACUACCAGGGGCGCAGGCCUGGAUUGGGUGGUCCCCGGGAGCAGCCCUCCCCCCCACCUGGGCCGCUCCUCGGACAAGGGCCCUACUCCUUUUACCGACAGGACCGGCCCCACAACCAGGGUGUGUCUCUAGGCCCUGGUAAACCUGGUCCCACCCAGCAUCAGCCAGCAGCAGGAGGCCCUACUGCUCCUUCCCAGCCAGGUGUGCUGGUCCAUGGGGCCCAGGGGGAUGAUGAGGAUGAGACUUGGCGUCAGCGCAGGAAGCAAUCCUCCUCUGAGAUCUCUGCUGCUGUGGAGCGAGCCCGUCGCCGCCGCGAGGAGGAAGAGCGUAGGAUGGAGGAGGAGAGGCGUGCUGCUUGUGCCGAGAAGCUAAAGAGGCUGGAUGAGAAGCAGCAACAGCAGCAGGGCAGCAACGUAGGAGGUGGUGGUAGCAGCAGUAAAACCCCCAGCCUUGAUGGAAACUCUACAGUUGCCACAGCAGGCAGUCCGAGUCCAUCUAUUUCAGCUUCUGCCUCCUCCCCCAACAUCAGCCAGCCUCCAUCACCCUGUGUGGACCCUGAGGAGCCCCCAGUGCUGGCUGUCCAGCCAGGCACUGGUCCUGUGGUCAGUGACAGGCAGCGAGCCAACAGCAACAGCAGCUAUGACUCUAGUGCAGAUGUCCAGCAGUGCCCCCCGCCAGCUGUGUCACAGCCACAGCAGCCCACGCUGGAUGUACCUUUACCAGUGGAGAGUAAGGAAGAGACAACAGUCAGUCCUCACAUUCGUGCAGGAAGUGGAAGUGAAAGAGGAGUUGACCCAGUAAAGAUUGAGAAUAUCGGUGGGACAGCAGGUCGUCAGGCCAGUGGUCCCCCUGGCCAGGGUUAUUCAAAGUACCAGAAGUCUCUUCCACCACGAUUUCAGAGGCAGCAGCAGGAACAGCUUCUGAAGCAGCAGCAGCAGUGGCAGCAGCAACAACAGCAGCAGCAGCAACAGCACAGCCAGGCAUCACAAAGCCAGCUGUCCCCUCAGCCCCAGCCUCCUCAGGGUCCUUCACCAGGUUCGACACCCCAGGCAGGACCUGGUCCCAAGCAGGGUGGACCCCUGUUUCAGCCCAGCAAUAUGGUUCGACCUCCACCCCUGCCAAUGAAUUUCGACCCUCGCUGGAUGAUGAUGCCCUACAUGGACCCUCGCAUGAUGCAGGGCCGCCCUCCACCCAUGGACUACUAUUCAGCUGGCAUGCACCCGUCUGGGCUCAUUGGGCGUGAGCGGUCUGAUUCAGGAGGAUCCGGUUCAGACCCCUUCGACAGGCAACAGCAGCAUCCAGGGCACCCUCACCGUGGGACCCCCCCUAUGGAUCCUAAGUUGGCCUGGGGGCCAGAGGUAUUCCCUGGCGGAGGGGAGGGCCGUGGGCUAACCUCCCCACUGAGGCAGAAGCAGGCAUUGGAGGAUGAUGAUGUGUCCAAAGGACCAAGGAGUGACACUCCUCCACACCGCAUGCGAGAGGGUGGAUUAGGACCCAUCCAGCAACCCAUCUCCAGCUCUGGGACAACCAAUCAGACCCCUCCUCCUCCUGUUGGCACUCAAGUGGGCACCCAGGGAGGUAGCCACCACCCUCAUCACUACAUGGGUGGGCGGGGCAAUUACAGCAACUUCCCUGACCAGGGUGCAAGGAUGCAACCCCAUCAGCAGCAACAGCAGAGGGCGAGUGAAAGGGGAAACCAGCCACAUGGCUUCAGCCACCAGGAUGAAGGGCCUCCCCGAGGAUCUCAGCAGGGCCAGAUAUGGGGAGCCCCACACCCGCACUAUGAUCGUAAUGGUCGUGCAGACCUCCCACCUGUUGAGGGCAACUCUCACCUCCACCAUCAUCACAGCCACCACCCUCAGCAGCCUCACUUCCCUCUCCACUCCCAUAAGCCGGAGAACACCCGGGACAGGGUUGUUGAGGCCCCUGCUAAGAAGACGGACUCCUCUCCCCCUCUUCACCAACCUUCCCUCUCAUCUUCCUGCUCUUCUUCCUCCUCCUCUUCAUCUGCAAGGGAAGAUGGGAGUGUCAAAGUUGCCCUGCAUCAUCACCCAUCUCAGAGAGAGGGUGAAGCUGGUAUCGGGCACAGUCUUGGAGAAAGAGGGAACAGUGGUAAUGCUGGCAGUAACAGUCAUGUGAAACAGGAAAAAACAGGCCCAGCAUAUGCUCCCCAUACCUCCAUGACUUCUAGUCCACCUCCCUCUCAACAUGGCAGUCAUACUCAGCCUCAGCAGCAGCAGCAGCAUCCCCAUCCUAAACCAAACCAAAGAGGGGGCCGGGAGCAUAAGACAGAGACCCAAUGGGGUCCACGCCCUGGCAGUAAUAUGGGUGGAGGGUCCUCUCAUGGCAGGAGGGCCAACAAUGCAGGAGGUGGUAACAGUGGCCGUGGAGGGGAGGACUCCUCCAACAUUCCAUCAGACCACAAAUCCUCCAACCAAACAGGAGGCAGCAAUGCCAGCAAGAGGGCUGGCCCCAUCAAGAAGCCAGUGCUGAAGGAGAUGAAGAGAGAGGGAGGGGAAGCUGAUGGAGGAGAAAAAACAAACCCAGGUUUUGGGAAAGAUAAAGACCAAGAUGGUGGACAUCCGGCCUCCACAAAGCAGGAAGCCUCCUCCAUCUCCCAGAACACAUCAGCUCCAUCUAAAGAUGAGCCUGCCCAGACAGCCAAACCCAGGAACGGAGGAAAAGAACGAUCCUCAGGAGGAGGUGGGGGAGGCUCAGGUAGAGGGCCGAAAGAUGUGGACACCACUUCUUCAGGAUUUUCAGGGUCCUCCUCAAGAAGGGACAGAGACCGCUCCUUUGAAAGAGGAGGUAACACCUCCCACCACCAUGGAGUCCCUGCCAAAGGCAGCAGAGCCAGUCGUGGACGAGGGGGAGAGUUCUAUGGGCGUGGACGUGGUUACCGGGGCACCUACACAGCCAGUGCUGGGGCCACUGGUAGCAGUCGGGGCAGAAUGGGUGGAAGGAGUGGCAGAGACUACCGCUCAUCUGUUGGUGGUGGCCAUCACCAGGAGUCAAAGGGUGAGGGGACCGGCGGCAGGCAUGGUCAGGAUCGGUCCCAGCAUAACCCAGCCAGGGCCAGGAACCGUAGCGAAACCCGCAGUGAGGGUUCGGAAUAUGAGGAAAUCCCCAAGAGACGGAGGGAGAGGGGUUCAGAGACUGGCAGUGAGAGUGGUGCAAGUGACCUCGGUCACUCAGACAAGGAAGACAACCAGAAACCCAACACAAAGAAUGGCUCCGAUAAUGCGAACACCACUGGCAGCGGCAUCAUGUCAUCUGCACCACCCAGAGGUUCCCAGGCCCGUGUCUUCACCCCCAGGGGUGUGCCCUCUAGGAGGGGCAGGGGUGGAGGCAGUGGAGGAGGAACCAUUUACAGGAGUAGUGGCAAUGUUGGAGGAACACCUGGGGGACACCGGGUUGGACCCAGUUCAGGCUCUCACGGUGGGUCCUCCAAGUCAUCAGCCUCAGCCCGGAAACAGCAAGGCCCACCACAAACCUCUGGGCCCAAAGACCUUGGACGGGGAGGAAAUGGUGGAGAGAAGAAGGACAAGAUAGCUGAUUCAAGUCAAACUCAAACUCAGGGGACUAAUCCCCCUCAGCCGUCUUUGCCUGCUACAGCUCCUGCCACUCUAGGUUCCACUGAAAAUGGAGGGGUUGUGACCCAGCAAGCUUCAACCAACUCUACGUCAAACGCUGGAGGGCCGAAUGCACUCCCUCUUCCCGCUAACCGUGGGUUCCCUCCAAGUGGGUUUGAGCGACCCCCUAGACGUCGCCGUCAUGGACGUUCCCAGCACCAGCAGGACAAGCCGCCCCGCUUCCGGAAACUGAAGGAGCGAGAGAAUGCUGCGCGAAUCAACGGAGGAGUUGGGGUCAUCGGGGGUGGGAGACCCUCAUCUCCUUCCCUGAAUUCAGUUCAGGACAGUAACGGAGCCCCCAUCCCUGCUCCCAUGACGGGCAAUGCCCAAAAUGCUAACCACAACGCCACACUAACCACCAACAGUAACAGUGGCGGAGGGCAUCUUGGCAAUGCAAAUAGUCACCACCAUCACCACUACAACCAGGGCAAUGCUGGGCCAACCCACCCCCAGCACCAUCACAGCCAUGGUGCAAAGUCCCCUGACUUCACCAACCAGAACUCAGACCAGGCCAACGAGGAGUGGGAGACCGCCUCUGAGAGCAGCGACUUCACAGAGUUCAGAGACAGGGAGGGAGGAGGAGGAGGAGGGAAAACAUAUUCUUCUCACCAUCACCACCACCUGGGAAGGGGAGGAGGGGGCAGUGGAGGCGGUGGUGUGGUGGAGCGUGAGAUAGCGGGAAAAGAGCCCUCAGCGAAUAAGAGAAGCUUCUCAAGCCAGCGUCCUGGCAUGGAGCGACAGAACCGGAGGGUCAACGCUGGAGGACCUGGAGGCGGAGGGGGAGGCAGAGGCCCACGCGGCCCACCCGGUGGUGGCUCCGGUGGACCUGGUAAUGGGGGUGGCAACCGCGGGGAGAAACGUGGCAACUGGCCCUCUCCAAAAAAUAGGAAAUGAUGGAAUAAAUAAAAACAUUUCAGAUAUGCCCCACCCACAUUAAAACCCACCCUCCUACAUCUUAAUCCCUUUUGAUCAUUAUUUCAUGGCAUAUCUGUUGGCAUCCCUAAGCAUAUUAGUGCAUUGUACAGUAUAUGGAGAUGGUAUUCACAUUCACUUUAGCUAACCCCAACCCCCCCCCCCCCCCCCCCCCCCCCCCGGUCACCUCUUUCCCUUUUGCAUCAAUCAACUAUCUACCGUCCGUUAUUGUAAAUUUCUCCAUUUGUUCUGUCUUGCUCUCCGUUCAGUUGUCGCCCCACCCCCGCCCCCCUUUUACCUGCCCUCAAGAGUCUCACCCCAGUUGGUUUUGACAAGCAUGUGGUUCUGAAAUGGAGGUGCAUGUCGUUUUGACAGAAGACAUUCACACAGAUCUCCACACACACACUCGCAUAUACAAGCACAAAUAUGACAUCUCUAAAAACAGAUGGAACACAUGCAGUCAUGUGAGUGCAAAAAGAAAAUGUGGGAUUAAAUUGGCAGAAAUGUUUGGAUUGGGCUAAUUUUUUAUAUUUAUGUACCUGUGUGUAUUUCUACCACACUUUGGCCUUGGGUGGUAUUCGGUAGUGCAGUUCUGCAUUGCUUCCCUCACAAGGGGAAAGAGUGCAGCUUCAUCUUUUAACGAGAACAAUGUACCAUAAGAUGUUUUGUCUGUCUUUUUUUUUUUUCUUCUUGGCCUUGUGUCAAUUGAGUUUCGACCUCUGAUAAAUGGUAGGGGUGUGUGUUUUUUCUUCUACAAAGCAGGUCAUUAAAAUACCUUUUUACUAAAUUCCCCAAUUCCUCCUUUCACUGACUUUUUGGUCUCCUGCAAAGUAUGUCUGAUUGUCUGAUUUCUGUGAUAAGACCCAUUGAAGUACUACUGCACAGUGCUCACCUACACUUGCAUUGAUUUGUCUUUAAUAUCAAUGUUUCUGCUGCUUGUUCAGAUAGACCGUGUGACCCCCCCCCCCCAAGUUGUUGACCUGCUCUGACAUUUCAUUAGCUGUUAUUGGUUGGUUCUUUUUAGGAAAUAAAGGCUUUUUUUUUCGGCCUCAUCGUAGCAUCCUCUUUGCCUGCAGAAUUUCUGCACACUGCAAAAAUCAAAGUUUCCCCAAUGACGAUAGUUCUGCUCUCUCAUUCAUGAGUCUUGUUUACCCUAUGAAGACUGUAUCAAUAGCGCAAUGGCUUUAUUUUAACAACCAUUAUUUCCUCAGUGACUUCCAUUUUUUUGGAAAACACUUUUUUUUCCUUCCUCAAGGUGAAAUACCUGUCGAUCUUGUUAGGGGAAAAUUGAGUUUAAUGAAAAUGUAGGUCAGGAUAGAAUAAUGAAAAAAAUGUUUGACUUUCAUAAAAUUGUUUAUGCUUCAGUAGAUAAUUGAACAUGUUCUAAUAAGCACUCCUUAGUGUAACAAAAAUCCAUGGUUGCUGUUUUUUGUUUUUUGUUUUUUUUCUUCUUUGUGUUAAUGUAUUUGGGCAAGUUACAUGUGAUGCAACAGGACAGGUACUCUGUCUGGGCCCAGAGUACAGAGCUAAGCUGAGUAUUGUACUAUUACACCCCCUCUGCUCGUGCCGCAAUGCACUCUCUGUGCUUUAGUGGAGACUCCUCACACCAAGGAGGACUACUACCAAGAGCUCCUUGUCUGAGGAAGUAUUUUUCAAAGCAUGUGUUCUUGGGAUGGCUGUUUCAGUACACGGUGGCAACCAGUAGCUCAGACUAAUUGAAUUCAGGACAAUGCUGAAAGAGUGACAAAAGUGUCACGAGAGUCACCUUCUUCAGUUCACCACACGGUUUUCCAAGAAAUAAUGCUGACUUGGAGUGUUGAGGAAAUGUUGGAUUGAUGUAGGAUUACACUUGUAAACAUAGUUUGCUUCACACAUAAAAGACAUAAAAGACAUAAAAUGGCAAAAUGACCGGAGACAACAUCCAAGGUGAACUAAAUCGAUAUCCUCAUCUGUCUCAAUUCUGUCACUGCUGUAAGUUGGGGUUUGUUUGUUUAUUGACAACAGUUUGGAGAUUGUCUCUGGGAUGUUGUGAGUAGGGCAUUUGAUGAUUUGUGUGCGUGUGCUUGUGUGUACGUGUGUGUGGCAUGUGUGCGUUUUCCGGUGUCUGUGUAAUUACUCGGGAAGGGGUGGGGACCAGAGGGUUAACAUGAAUGGCAAGCACUUUCUGCCUCGUUUGCCCACACUUGAUUUAACCAAUAUUAUUAAGUUCUACUGUUUCUUAAAUACAUCCACAUAUAUACAUUCAGCUGUGUGUAUAUGUUCAUUAUCUAAAUGAAGGACAUGCAGUGGGGAACUUAACCAGUUUUUUUGUGUGAUUUAAGCAUACAUUCUUCAGCAGGCAAGUGAAGUUGGACAUAUUUUUCACUAUGACUUCUAAGCAUGAACACACACCCAUGGGUGCAGCUUGCCUUGCCUGUUACUGGUUUAUACAUUGUUAGCUGUACACUUAACACUGGCUCAAAGAGUCCUUCAUCCCUCCUUAACUCUUAAUGUUGAUGUGCGCAUUAUUGUAUGUACCCAUGUUAAAAGAAAACAAAAGUAGUGUAUUCCAGAAAAAUUACUCAAAGAUUGUACUAUGUUUCCAGCAUUACCAAGGUACCUGGAAUGGUUCAAACUGUUUUUUAGCAUUUAUGGUUUUAUUAAUGGAACCGUAAUAUACACACAUGUAUGUAUAUUGGUAUGUAUCUAAGUUUUGUCUACCCCAACUUACAUUCCCACAAACAAAUGUUGCCAUUUUUAGUUCAAGGGAGCAAUGUACAAGCAGAGAAGUGUCUUAUUAUAAUAAAGUUAUACAGAGAAGGCAAAGUUAAAUAAACUACUUUUGAUUUAAUGGAAAA